UUUAACUGGGCGCGAGCUUCUAAUCUCCCCAAUUCAAUUCACCUGGUUGAGCCUGCACCAGAGCGUGCACACAGUCACGUGCGGGCUGGCAUGCAGAGCACGCGCAGGGGAGGCGGCAUGCAGGAGAAAGAAAUGACGGAUAACGGAAGACAGCCACACCUCCACCGGGUUAGCGCGACAUUGUGCAUGGGACCAACUUCCCACAAGGUGUUUGAAAAGCAAAUGAAGCAGAUUAACACAGAGGAAUCACUAUAAACAGACUGUAUAUGUUCUCUCUCUGUCCUGUAAUAAGUGAACUCUGAGCUCAUGUGUUUGUGACUCUUCACCUCUGUCUCCUCUCACAGGGAGAAGAUGAUCUGCAGCAUCCUGCUGCUCAUCAUCCUGACCUCCUGUGUCUCUGGAACAUUUGUAGUGAAUGUGACCCAGACCUCCUAUCAGGCAGAGGAGAACCACGACAUCACACUGGAGUGGACCUUCACAACCAACUCUCACAGUUCCUCCAACUCUCUUUCUAUCUUCUGUGAACUGUUAACUGAGAAUCCAGUCCUGUUUCAUCUCCAUGAAGGAGUUGAGGUCCCAGAGUCUCAGGAUGAACAGUUUGCAGGACGAGUCCAGUGGGACAAAGACGUCCUCAGAGAAGGACGACUCAGACUUCAUGUGUCCAGACUCAGGACUGAAGACUCAGGACUGUACAAGUGUCAAGUGUUCACAAGUUAUGGAAGUAACUCUGGUAGAUGUUGGCUCAAUGUCACUGCGAGGGAUCGGCCUGAACCUGAGACACCAAACACAACAAGUCCACCAAACACAACGUUGUUCCACCACAACCACGGAGUUGGGGAAGCAUCGGCUUCUACUGUGGAUUGACCUCAGCAGCAGCAGCUCUGCUGGGUUUUUGUUUCUGUGUAUUCAGGCAGCGAGGGAUCGGCCUGAACCUGAGACACCAAACACAACAAGUCCACCACAACCAGAGAGUCGGGGAAGGAUCGGCCUCUACUGUGGACUGACAGCAGCUCUGCUGGGUUUUUGUUUCUGUCGUUGUCUGCUGAGAGAACAAGAGUUCUCCUCGAAGUUUAAAGGUGGAUUGAGAAAAAGUUACAGUUCAGCAGGUGGAUCAAUGGAAACCGUUUCAUCAACAACUUCAAAAAGACAGAGACACAGAAAUUACGAAGGUGUUUGUUAGAAGUCUGAAGGACACAAAGAUCAGAUGCUGACAGCAAAUUAACUUUGGGCUCACAGAAUAAACCAACAGGUUCAUACUGACAGCAUGUCGAGCAGUUCAGCUUUUAAGUUCAAUA